AGUCGCCCACUGGCUUUAUUCCCGUAAGGUGGGAAGACUAGGAGUGUCAAACGCAAGGAUACCUAUCCUGAUGCCUUCCAGCGCUAAAUGCUUAAGCUCAGUUUGACAUUUUGAACACAGAACUCUUGGCAGAUAUUUCUCUACCGACAAUUGAUUUAAAAAGAGUAACCAUCAUGACAGGCGAUGCAAAAUGUAUGCUACCGAAUCUCAGUCCUGCUAAUUUGCAGCAAUUCAUGGGGAAAAACCAGCAUAUGGCAUUAGCUGACAAGAUUUAUAUUUCUGAUUGGUUUCCGUUAACUUCAUGCUUCCCUUAGGCAGAUAAGGAUUAUAUAGCUCUGCCUUCAAGAAGGAAGGCAUUCAUUAAUUACAUUCAUUAAUUACACAGACACUGCUGAAUGGCAUUCUCAAAUGUGGAGAAGUGCAAAACGUUCGGUCACAUGUAUUUAUUUGUAAUAAAAAUACAAAGCCUUUAGCCAAUGAUUUAAACAAAAGACUUAACUGGACUAUCAGCCUAAAUAGCCAAGCGUAACAGGAGGGAAGUUCACAGCUUAACAUUUUAGUAAGCCAUCAACCUAAACCCAGUACCUGAAGCAGAGGCCAGCACACAACAAAAAUACCACUAAACACAUACAAACUUCUACUAAAGAUACAAGUAAAGAAAAACUGAAGUAAUGAAAUUCUAUAUAAAGUGUUAAGACUUUGUUUUAUUAGCAUAUUUUUCCUGUUGGCCCUUUGUCUAGUUUUUUUAAGGACAACCUGCACAGCUGUAGAUGGCAAAGCUGGCCAUAAUUCUUCUGUUGUGAAAAAUUGGCAGGGGUGGGCUGAAGUUGAUUUUCUUCAUGCAUCAUUCUGCUUUUUCAUGAAAACCACUGCAGAAGGGAGAAAACAAUCACAAAAUAGAGAGUGCGGUUUCUCUUGUAUCUGUUCGUACUUGCAGUCUUGCUGUUGUGGAAGCACAGGCCUUAAAUGCUGCUCUGGUCAUCAGUUUAGGGGGAGGUUCGAAAGCCGUGCCCUGAAGCAAGUCAGUCCGAGUUAUUGAAAAGAAAUUAGAGAGCAAGAUGAGGAAGGAAAAGAGAUACGGAAAUAUUAAAGGAUGGAUGAAGGAGGAGAUUUGACCAGGAAGGCAGGAAAACAGUUGCUCUCUCUUCAGGCCACUGCUUGGAAUUGUCAUCCAUCACUAUGAAAAACAACAUCCUGUGAGUUUGUUUCAAGCUUUCUGCCUCAUCACCUGCUUCAGAUAAGCCUUGCUCCGAGCUCUCCUGGGGUUUGUCCUUGGGGAGACAUGGCCUUCCGCAGCUGGAAGUGGCUCCUCCUCUUGGGCAGGCAGAACACCUUUGCCAAGGCUUGGAGGAGUAGGAGGGGAGGCCCCUCUCUGCGCUGGAAGCGCUGCUGCCAUUGGAGCGCCAGCAAGUCUCUGGACCCCGAGGUGAGAGCGUUUUUGGAGGAGAACACGGAGGUCACCAGCAGCGGGCACCUCACGCCAGAGAUACGACUGCGCCUCCUCACCCCUCGCUGCAGGUUCUGGAGGGAAAAACCUGACCUGUGGCCUUACGGGGACCCGUUCUGGGCAAUUUACUGGCCAGGAGGCCAAGCCCUCUCCAGGUAUAUUUUAGAUAAUCCACGGGUUGUUAAAGGACGAUCGGUUUUGGAUCUUGGAAGUGGAUGUGGAGCAACAGCAAUAGCUGCUGUGAUGAGUGGUGCAUCACAAGUCCUUGCUAAUGACAUUGACCCUAUUGCAGGAAUGGCAAUGAUCUUGAACUGUGAACUGAACCACCUGAACCCCUUCCCCAUCACCAUUAAGAACAUCAUUAAUUCAGAGGCUGGCAACUGGGACCUGAUUGUUCUAGGAGAUAUGUUUUAUGAUGAACAACUUGCUGAUGGUCUGCAUCACUGGCUGAGGAAAUGCAUCAGGAUACAGCAAACUGAAGUGCUGAUUGGUGACCCUGGCAGGCAUCAGUUUUUAAGCCACAGCAUUCACAGUCAAUUGCACAAAGUUAUAGAAUAUUCACUUCCAGAGUAUACUAGACAAGAAAACAAUGGAUUAACAUCAAGUAUCGUCUGGAGUUACCAGCCCUCAAAUAGCUUAGAAAACUGUUGAAGCUGGUUUUGUAAUGAAUUUUGUCUCACUUGGUUGGCUUUUUUGUAAGUAUGUAAAAUGAAAGUGGGAAUUAAACACGGAACGUAUCUGUUGAUGCAAAGUAGAUUACCUUCACUGUACUGAUUUCAGACAUACUCAGAGGCUUUCGCUCCAUUUGAGGUAAAAACUACGUGCAAACUAUUCAAAGGGCCCUGCGCUCAAGUGCAAAUCCAAAGACAAGUUACAUGUAAGAGUUUGCAUGCUUGAUGUUUUUCAUGUGUAUUCAUGUCUUGCUCUCUUAACACUAUUGUGAAAUGUUUUGGACAUCGAGCAUACUGCUGUGGGGAGAAGGCGAUGGCUGAAAGAUUACUGCACUGCUUUCGCAGACUUUUGCAGCUUAUUUACAGAGAAAAUUAUUGCUGUCCUUCAUAAAACUCUCCACUAGAUUAUUAGCUCAUACUAUGCUCAACUUAAAGUGCCUUGCUCUUUUUCUGGAUAUCUCUUCUGAACGUCAAAGUAACUAAAUUGAAUCUUCCCCCUUCCUCUCUAUAAUAAAAAUUUAUUCUUCCUUGAA